AUGGAGCCAGGUCAAGAGAGGUGGAAAGAAGUAUACGAGUUUGAUACCCCGGUGAUCCACAUCGACAAAGCAAGUGCUCCCGAAACAACGACUUCAUCAUUGAAGCUCAUGCAUCGAUUUAAGGAAGAAGAGGUGACCAAGCUGAUGGACGAAGCCGAGCGAUCGUAG